AUGUUGGAGGCUCGCCUCGUUUGCUCGAUUGAACUACACAAUCUCAACUCGAGCAUUAAUUCUAGCGCUCACGAGCCGCUCGAUAAGUUUGCAGCCUUAUUCAAAUCAAACAUGUACUCUGGCAAUAUAGCCAGAAUUGCAACAAAAAGGCCCACCGAUUUAACAGCUCAAAGCUCAGCAUCCAUGGCGGAGGGCACACCUGCAGUCGCCGAGCUUCCUGCCAAUAACACCAUCUACAUUAAUAACCUUAAUGAGAAAAUCAAGCUCGAUGCGCUAAAGAAAUCGCUUCACGCGGUGUUUUCUCAGUUUGGGAAGAUAUUGGAGGUUUUGGCGUUCAAAACCCUAAAGCACAAGGGGCAAGCGUGGGUUGUCUUUGAGGAUGUAUCGUCUGCCACCAAUGCGCUUCGUCAAAUGCAGGGAUUUCCCUUCUACGACAAACAUAUGCGGAUUCAGUAUGCGAAAACAAAAUCUGAUGUCAUUGCAAAGGCUGAUGGUACCUUUGUUCCUAGAGAAAAAAGGAAGAAGCAAGAUGACAAAGGAAGGAAGAAGAAAGAGCAAUAUGAUGCUAAUCAAGCAGCUGCUGUUCUUAACCCUGCAUAUGCUGGUGCUUACGGAUCAGCCCCACCUUUAUCACAAAUACCGUAUAUGGGAGCUAGAGCUGUCCCGGAGGCACCGGCCCCACCAAACAACAUCCUGUUCAUCCAGAACCUUCCUCACCAGACAACUCCUGUAGUGCUGCAAAUGAUUUUCAGUCGUUGUUCUGGUUUUAAGGAAGUCCGAAUGGUGGAAGCUAAGCCUGGAAUUGCUUUCGUAGAGUAUGAGAACGAGAUGCAAUCGACAGUUGCUAUGCAGAGCUUUCAAGGGGCUAAGAUUGAUGAUGACAGUUCAAUGUUGAUCACUUAUGCAAAGAAGUAGAUGAAAAUCUGUUUUUGUUUUUUUUUUUUUUGGUAAUUUCCCUCUGGCUUUUAGAAUCAAACUGAUUGAAUUGUUUUACUUACUGGAGUAUCAAUUUGUACCAUGGUGACUUUUUAGUGUAAUUACUUGGUAGACACAUGAUUUGGUUUACUUCUGAAUUACUUUCUCAAUUACCCAUUUACUUUUUUCAUUACUUGUUAUUGAUUGUGGUAUUAUUUAAUUAUAUUGAUAAUAUUGAGGAUAGUAGAGAUGAUUAGAGUUGAGUUAGAUUUGAGUUGAGA